AUGAACAACUUGGGCCGUGGAUCAACCGCGGACAAGUUGGAUCAAUUGGACUUGACCAGGAGCAGCAGCAAUGAGUCUGCUGAAAAGUCGACUACUCGUAAUAGUAGUAGUGGCGGUCGUAGAAGUGUCAAUGCUUCCGUAAGCGCCUUUGCCGUGGUGGAAAUUUUGGAUAGCGAUGACGACGAACAAAAAGAAAAUGAAGAAGACAAUGACAAAGUUGUUCUGGAAAUUCCGCCACGAGCCGCCAAGCGUCAACGUCGCGUGUCUACCGGUACUGGUGACGCCACAAACAACGCCAACAACACCAAGCAAGUGGCACUAGACGCGGCAAUUGCGCGUCGUUGGCAAGCCCAAGAAGAUUUGGCGUUGGAGCAGCGAAAGCAACAAGAAGAAGAGGCGAUGCACCGUGGAACAUCAGGAAGAGCCUUUCUUCUUGUGCAAAAGGUACUAGCUGCCUUUCAAGAGGUUCUCCAAGAAGAAAGCAGUACUGAUGUCCACUGGAAGUCUCUAGUUCAAGCUGUGGGAAAAGAUGACAUGGUCUUUCUAGCAGAGAAAAUGAUGCAGUGUCAGGCUGACUUUACUACCAGUACUACUAGUGCGUGUGGAAGUAGCGUGGAAAUUGCGUAUCACUACACCCACCAAGAACGACUCGACAGCAUUCGACAAGACGGACUUUUAUCCAGAACUCAAAUUGCCAGCAAUACCAACUUCCAAGCACGGCAUGGAGCGGCAUUUGGAGAAGGAGUCUACGUGGGAAACAAUCCAUACGCCUUUCGAUCUUACGGAGACACGGGCUUGCUAGUUGCCAUUCUCAAGGGAAACGCGGCAACCAUUACGGAUCGAUCGCAAAUUGCCUCUCUUUCACCCACUGUCAAUACGGUCAUUGCCAACAAGUUUCAAAUCAAUCGUCCGCAGCAUUCCGCUGGAAUGGAUGAAAUGGUACUCCGAGACAGCCGACAAGUGCUGCCACUCAUUCGCUUCAACAAGGAACUCAUUGGAGAUUCCUGUACAUUGGAUCAUGCGGGAAAUGCGCUACUCUUCAAACUACACAUCAAAAUGCAACAAUUGAUUCACACUCUAUUCCAGUCAAACAACAACAGCAACAACAACAAUCAAAAGGUGCCAGUAUUGCCCACUGAUUUUGUACAACCAUCGACACAUGCCAUGCAGUGGCUAUCACAACAAAUGGCUAUUCGAACUCGGGCACGAUUACCAGUGCCAAGAGCACGUCGGUCAUCUAGAGCACAACAAUUCUCGACGCCCCUGGGUCUUGCGCCACCACAACCCACAAUGAUGAGUGCGUCCAAUCAAGCUCUUGCCAAGAUUGUAGAAUGGGCUUCCAAAAAUCCAUCGGGGCCCAUUGACCCAGAGCUUCUAAAGGCUGCACAGGCGACAGGGAUGUCAUGCAACACAAUAGAGCUGUCGGUACAGAUUGCUCGGCAACGACAACUUGCACGCAACAGGCGCAGCAGCAGAAGAAUUCCAAGAGCUAGUGCCAUACAGGCACAAGUACUCAUGCAAACUGCCCAGUCGUCGAAUCCCGUUGGUCUUUCGGCACCAACUGUCCCUGCAGGAGCGCCACAACCUACCAAGAUGAGUGCAGCUGCCAUGAAUACAACACCAAAUCGGAAACGGCAUCAUCCUACAAUUACUCAGAAUCCAACGCCAGCUGCGCCGCCAGCUGCCCCUCCACAAGCACAAUUUCAGUUUCCACAGGCCACCCAAAUGCCUGUGGCAACAGCUACGCCCGCAGGAGCGCCACAGCCAGUCAAGAUGAGUGCUGCUGCCAAGCAAGCUCUCGCCAAUGUUGUAGACUGGGCAUCCAAGAACCCAUUGGGGCCAAUUGAUCCAGAACUUUUGCAAGCUGCGGAGGCCACUUGGUUGCUACGUGCCAAUAUUGAACAGGCUGUCCAGGUGGCUCGUCAACGCCGGACAUCACGGAACACACGGAGAAGAAUUGCAAGAGCUAGUUCCAUACAGGCACAAGUUCUUAUGCAAGCUGUGCCACAGUCAUCGAAUCCUGUGUUUCCGCCAGCAAAUAAUAAAACGCCAAAUCGGAAACGGCCUCAUCCUACAACUCAGUCAGCUGCCCCGACACAACCACAAUUUCCACAGACAACUCAGUCGGCAGCCCCGACACAACCACAAUUUCCACAGACAAUGCCUGCUGCGGCCAACAAUGGAGCAAUCAAUUCCCGUUUCAGCCGUACAUCCGCCCGCAAACGAGCCAAGGCGCAGACAUCGGUGAUUCCUCAGCAGCUCAUUCGUACGGUCACGGCGCCGCCGCCAACAACAACAAUUACUGGUCAGCCGCAGGCGAGGACACAAACACACCAGAGUCCUCGCGCAGCCCCGUAUGCCUCGGCAACAGGACCUCCCAAUGCAACAGCAUCUGCGGCAGCCAAUGCAUCGACGAAUAUUGGUAGUAGUGCGGGAUUGUAUUCGGUGCUCGGAACCAUUCCGUACCACGCUCCGGCGACGCUUCCGUCCAAUCAAGACAAUUUUGCCAGAAUCCGCUGCUUGGGGGAUACAUCCGAGGAAUGUCUUCUCUGUCACGAGUCACUCCGUGUCAAGGGACGCAGUGUGCGAUUGAUUGGUUGUGGUCACAAAUUCCAUCAUGGAUGUCUUGUAGCAGUGUCCAAUAAAGAUUCUGCCAAUGCUCUUCGCUGUCCCAAUUGCCUCGUGCCCACGGGGGAGCCGCAAGGCAAAUGUCCUUCGGGAACCAUGAAGGUAUCUUCGGACAUGCAGCAGAAGUUGUGUGUGAGCCACGAGCAAAACUCCUUUGGUACCUACACCAUCACCUACACGCUACCAGUCGGCGUGCAGCAGGUGUAUCACGACAAUCCGGGUCAACUCUAUGCAGCAACCGAACGACAGGCGUACCUACCCCAAAACGAACAAGGGGACAAACUACUCCGUCGCUUGAAAUACGCCUGGACGAAAGGGCUGGUCUUCAAAAUUGGGACAUCCGUGACAAGCGGCAAGAGUGGAGUGAUCACAUGGGCAUCCAUUCCGCACAAGAGUUCUCUGAAGGGCGGUGCGUUUGGGUUUCCGGACCCCAACUAUUUUGAUACUUGCAAUCGUGCGCUAGAUGACCUUUGUGUCCCAAGCGCUGACCUGUUGUACCCUAAUGGCUCCAAAAAAGACGACACGGCUCUUGCGCGUCGAAAUGGGUAG